AUGGAAAUUCGUGCAAUAGCCCUAAUCAUAUCAGAUGUCAUCUACGAAAAGUCACCGCGCGCUCCACAACCUGGCGGUACCACCCAGAUGGCCGUAUCGCCUCCAGAUGAAACUGCUGGACCUUCGGGCAUUACAGUGGCGACUUCUCGCACACCUGGUGCUGCACAACAAGUUGCUAUGCCCGAACAGUCUUCAGAUUGA